AUGAAUUAGAUAAUCUUGAGUGGCACUGUUAAUCUUCCUUCAAAAACUGAUUACUUAACAUAAUUCAUAAAAAAAGAAGUAUUCAUCCCCUCUCAUUAGAACUUUUAGUCUCUAAUCGAAGGCUAUUAAAGUACCAUUAUUAUGAUUGCUGUUGUCUUAGUUACAUAAUCUUUUAACAUGCAGAUAGUUUACGCCUCAAUGGAGUAUGAAACGAAUUAAAAACUUACAAGAGAUAAAAAUAUUCUCAUAAGACCAUUUUUGACUUCUAAGCUUGCACUUAUUGUUGAAAAGGAUUUAAAUAGUCCUUAAGAUAACAAAGCUAUGCUUGAAUUACUCAAGGAAUAUCUUCUGGUGAUUAUAGAAUUCUAAUUUAUAGGGAACGGUAAAUAGAUUAAAGAGCGAUAAAGCUGA